AUGCUUUUGCACCUUAGCAAUCUUAUAUUACUAUUUCUAUCAUUAUUCUUCCAACAUUCCUUAAUCUUAUACCUCCCUCAAUACUCCUAUCAUUCCUUGAACACCUUAUACCUUUCUCAAUAUUCCCAUCAUUCCUUAAACACCUUAUACCUCUCUCAAUAUUCCCAUCAUUCCUUAAACACCUUAUACCUCUCUCAAUAUUCCCAUCAUUCCUUAAACACCUUAUACCUCUCUCAAUAUUCCCAUCAUUCCUUAAACACCUUAUACCUCUCUCAAUAUUCCCAUCAUUCCUUAAACACCUUAUACCUCUCUCAAUAUUCCCAUCAUUCCUUAAACACCUAUUUUAUACCUCUCUCAAUAUUCAUAUCAUUCCUUAAACACCUAUCUUAUAACUUAUGUUCACAUCAUUCCUUAAACACCUCUAUACUAUUUUUUUCAUCUUUGAUUAUCUCUAUACCAUUCCUUCAUUUUUUCCUUACCCCCAUAAUAUUCUUUUGUCUUUCCUUCCCUCAUAAUAUUUCCUUAUCUCUCUUCCUGACGUAUACCAUUUCCCUAUCUUCCUUCCUUACCCUAUACCACUUCCUUAUUUUUGUUCAUGGCCCUCUACCAUUUCUUUAUCUUUCUUCCUCAUCCUCUAUGAUUUUUUUAUCUCCUUACUUUACUCUAUACCAUUUCCUUAUCUCUCUAAUUUACCAUAUACCAUUUCUUUAUCUCCCUACUCUAUACCAUUUCCUUAUCUCUCUAAUUUAUCAUCUACCAUUUCCUUAUCUUUCUAAUUUACCAUAUACCAUUUCUUUAUCUCCCUACUCUAUACCAUUUUCUUAUCUCUCUAACUCAUCAUAUACCAUUUCUUUAUCUCCCUACUCUAUACCAUUUCCUUAUCUCUCUAAUUUACCAUAUACCAUUUCUUUAUCUCCCUACUCUAUACCAUUUCCUUAUCUCUCUAAUUUAUCAUAUACCAUUUCCUUAUCUUUCUAA